AUGGGCGACCUACCCCAGAAGCGCACAAACCCGCUCACAAACCUGGAAAUGGUUCAGUUGGUGGCCAACACCGGCAUCACCCGCCCCCACACCCGCGAUGAGAUUGUCUGCCAACUGUUCAAACAGCUUUCCAACAACCCCAAUCGCGUGAGCCACGCUCGUGGAUGGAUCCUGCUUGGCCUCAUUUUCGGCUGCUUCGCCCCCUCCAAGCGCCUGCGCGGCGUAGUCGAUGACUUUUUGACCAAGGGCCCACCCAAAUAUGCCCCCUUUGUCCGCGCCCGCCUGCAACGCACCGUCAACAAGGGGACCCGCACUAAACCACCGACUGCUCUCGAGGUGGAGAUGGCCUUUUCGAAAGAGCCCAUCCGCCUUCAGGUUGACUUUUUCGUUGACCGCGUCAAUGUCGAGCUGGACUCACAAACGACCGCUCGGGAGUUGCUGGAACAAAUUUACGCCCAAUCCGCGCUUGCUCGCGAAGCCGGUUUCUCAAUCUACGUCGCCGACACCGAUGGUGACAUGAUGACCUCUUGCGGUGCUGGGGAUACCUUUGUCCUUGACAUCGUCUUUCAAUACGAAACUCUUGCCUCAGCUCGAUUCCAAGGCAGCUGGCAGCGCUUGGCCCAAGAACGCCCAUUCCAAUUGCUGCUGCGCAAGGAAAUGUUUGCGCCCUGGUUUGAAGGUGGUGAUAACGCAGACAUCAUCUUCGAGCAAAUUGUUGAUGGCCUCGAACGCGCCAAUCGAUCUGCCGCCGCCGACAUGCCUCAACUCAUCCGUUUCCACAUGUACGGUCGUGACGUUCAAGGCUUCUACACGGUGCAAAGUGAGGAAGACAUGGCUUCAAUGCUGGCGCGGCUCUACUACAUUGAACGUGGAUUUCGCCUCGAGCCCGCUCGCCUGGAGCGCAUGAUCAAGCGCCACGAUUUUGCUGGCAUGGAGCGGCAUGACCUCAAGUACUGGAUUGCCAAGACGACAGAACGCUUUGAUUAUUUUGGGUUUUAUGACAAUCCUUGCACUGAGUUGGACUGCAAGGUUGAGGUGAUUCACUAUGCCCGCACGCAAUGGGCCCAGCAGUUUUCAAAGCAGUUCCAGGAGUGCGAGCUGCGAAUGGGCGACCGUUUGCCGGAGGUUGUUACGCUGUAUCUGAACCGUGAAGGUCUGAUGGCCUUUAACUUUGCCAACCUCACGGCCGGGGCCAAGGGCGCGCACAUGGAGAGCCUCAUCAAUGUGGGCUUUGAAAAGAUUUUGGAGAUCAGCCCUGUCACGGUCGUGGAGGAGACCAUCAAUCCGGAAAAUCGCUUUGAUGUUGUCUCCAUCUCCAGCAUUGAUGGUGUCACCAUCCAUGCCGUCAUUUCCAGCUAUCUUCAGGGCGUGAUCAACCGUUCAAAGUAUGCCAUGGCCACCAUGGCAUACCGUGCACCAUCAAGCAACUCUUCGUUCCUCAGCUUUGAGGUUGGAGAUCUCAUUGUCAUGUCCAAGCCCUGGCAACAAGCCGACUUGGACGGCUGGGCUACUGGGACGGACGAUAGCACGCACAGGCGCGGCGACUUUCCCAUCGCCAACGUGGUCCCUAUUCCCGUCAUUGGGCGUCCCACCAAGGAGCUUGUAGCUCAGUGGCGUGAACAUUGGAAGACCAUGGGUCCGGUGAUCGACAUUGAUGCCAUUUAAUGGCCAAUAACCAGAUUCUUACGAAGAAGGGCUUGCGGUGCUGGCCAUCACCCUUUUUCAUUCUUCAUGUGCUGUUUCUUGGUCAUUAAGUGGCUCGAGUGUGAUGGUUGGUGGUUUUGUCGGCUCGUCUUGGUCCGCAUGUCCGCAUAGCCACGCAGGCUUUGUUCCCAUCUUUGGUUGCUUUCUUUUUUUCUUUCUUUUCUUGU